AAAUUCUGGCCUAGUGUUGGAGGGACAGGAAACAUUAAUGGUGCAACUUCAGUCCUGGUGCUGACUUUUUAAUUACACAUUGAGUCUCAUGUCUAAGAGGCAGACAUGAAGAGCUUUGUGUAUUUUCUGGUUCUCACAGCAUCCUCUCUGACGUUAGUACUUGCACAACAAGAAUUGGAUGAUUCAUGCUCAUUUGAUGGACAGACGUAUCAAGACAGAGAUGUUUGGAAACCAGAAUCUUGUAGGAUCUGUGUUUGUGAUAGUGGAGAAUCAAUUUGUGAUGACAUAACGUGUGAAGAUGUAAAAUGUGAAAACCCUGAGAUCCCAUUUGGAGAAUGUUGCCAAGUCUGUCCAACUCCCAGACCUACAACAAUUAUUGACCCACCACCAAGACCUGAAAUAGGGCCACCUGGCCCACCAGGUCCACAAGGUCCCCCUGGAAGAGAUGGUGUUCCUGGGACCCCUGGUCAACAAGGAUCCCCUGGCGUUUGUGGACCAUGUGACAAUAGUAACUUCAUGCCGCAGUAUCAACCACCAUAUGGUUUUGAUCCAAAAUACCCAUCGUCAGGAAAAGAAGGGGGAGGUGGAGGAGGCAUGUCUGGACCUCCAGGACUACCAGGAGCACCAGGAAGUCGGGGACAACCUGGUCCUCCAGGUCAACAGGGUCAACAAGGUUAUCAGGGAUCUCCAGGUGAAACUGGUCCUGCUGGCCCACCUGGACCACCAGGAUCUCCAGGACAAGUAGGACCAGCUGGUCAACCUGGAAAAGAUGGUGAAUCAGGUCGACCUGGGCGAACAGGUGAACGAGGAUUACCAGGACCACCAGGUAACAAAGGCCAUUCUGGAAUGCCUGGUUUCCCUGGUAUGAAAGGACAUAGGGGUGAGCCUGGCCGUGAUGGAGGAAAAGGAGACCCUGGUCCCGCUGGAGUAAAGGGUGAACCUGGUCCUCCUGGCGAUAAUGGACACCCUGGAUUAGCGGGCCGACCCGGUCCUGCUGGUGAAAGAGGUCGUCCUGGAAACUCUGGAACUCCUGGAUCCCGUGGUAAUGAUGGAGCACCUGGUUCACCUGGUCAGCCUGGAUCUCAAGGUCCCCCAGGUCCUCCAGGAUUUCCUGGUGGUGCUGGACAAAAGGGCGAUGCAGGUCCUCCUGGACCUCGUGGUGGUGAUGGUUCACCAGGAGGCAAAGGUGAUAUUGGUCCUGCAGGUGCUAAUGGUCUACCAGGUCCCCAGGGUCCUCCUGGUACCAAUGGAGCCCCGGGACUUAAAGGCCCACCUGGACCACCUGGCUUUGGUGGAGCACCUGGAUUACCUGGUGGUGCUGGCCCUCCUGGUCCACCUGGUACUAAUGGACAUCCUGGUGAAAGAGGAGCACCGGGUGAAUCAGGUAAAAAUGGUGAAAAAGGGGAAGCUGGACCUAGAGGUGAACCCGGUACUCCUGGUGAAGCAGGCAUUCCUGGUAAUCCUGGCACAGAAGGCAAGAGAGGACCUCCUGGUGAAAAUGGUGUCCCUGGAACACCUGGCGCUCCUGGCGAAAAAGGUAACCCUGGAUUCCGUGGUCAACCAGGUACAAAUGGCUUGCCAGGAGAAAGGGGCGGUCCUGGUGAACGUGGCCCAGGUGGACCUCCAGGGCCAAAGGGAAACUCAGGAGAACCUGGACGUAAUGGAGAACCUGGUCUUCCAGGACAAAGAGGUGUACCAGGAUUGUCAGGGUCUCCCGGUGCUGAUGGUAAACAAGGUCCUCCAGGUCAUGCAGGAGAUAGUGGAAGGCAGGGUCCUCCUGGACCACCAGGCCAAAGAGGUCAACCAGGUGUCAUGGGUUUCCCUGGACCAAGAGGAAAUGAAGGCGGUCCAGGAAAACCUGGAGAGAAAGGUUCAUCAGGUGAAUCCGGACCACCGGGACUUCCUGGAAAGUCAGGAGAACCAGGACUCCAAGGCCCACCUGGAACUCCGGGAGGACCAGGAGAAAGAGGAGAACCUGGUGCAGUUGGACCACCUGGAUUCCAGGGAUUACCUGGUCCCGCAGGCCUUCCUGGAACAGCUGGAACUCCUGGUGAACCGGGAGGACGUGGUGAAAAUGGUGGCCCAGGAGCACCAGGACCAAAGGGUGAAAAUGGUGUCCCAGGAGAACGAGGUCCUGCAGGUCCACCUGGGGUACCUGGAGCAAAAGGUGGUCCAGGAGAAACAGGUCCAGAAGGAGCAAAGGGUCCCCCUGGUCCACAAGGACCUUCUGGAGGUCCUGGCCAACCCGGUAUGCAAGGAAUGCCCGGAGAACGAGGUCCUGGUGGGGUUUCUGGACCAAAAGGUGAACGGGGGGAACCUGGAGGACGUGGAAAUGAUGGCACACCUGGUAAAGAUGGCGGCAGGGGUCCUGCUGGCCCCAUUGGUCCUCCUGGUCCUGCUGGUCCACCUGGAGACAAGGGUCAGUCUGGUUUACCUGGUCCUUCCGGCCCUCAAGGAGCUCGUGGUGGUCCUGGAGAGCGAGGUGAAAAUGGGCCUCCUGGAACUCCUGGAUUCCCAGGGCCCCCUGGUCAACAUGGUGAACCUGGUGGAAAGGGUGAGAGAGGCAACCCUGGAGAAAAAGGUCCCCCUGGUUCCCAAGGAGCUGGUGGCCCUCCUGGACCCCCUGGUUUACAGGGGAACCCUGGUCAACCUGGAGAAAAAGGAGGUUCUGGCCCACCAGGUCCACCUGGUGCUGCAGGUUUUCCAGGAGGUCGAGGCUUACCUGGCCCUCAAGGAAAUGCGGGUAAUGCAGGCCCUCCAGGUCCCCCAGGUGUAGCUGGUAAAAAUGGGCCACCUGGUCCUUCUGGUGGUCCUGGUCCACAAGGUAUCCCUGGAGGUCCAGGUGUUAGAGGUGAACCAGGUGCACCAGGUGAAAAAGGCAGUGAUGGCAAACCUGGGCAAAAGGGAGAAAAUGGUUUCCCUGGACCUGCUGGAAUAGUUGGUGCAAGAGGCAUUCCAGGGCUUGGGGGCCAAAGAGGUGCACCGGGACCCCAAGGACCCGGUGGUCCAAAGGGCGAGAAUGGUAGUCCAGGCACACCAGGAACAAAUGGAGAAAAAGGGCCUCCUGGAACACCAGGGACACCUGGCCAUUCAGGUUUACCUGGUGAACCUGGCAAGGAUGGAAGCCCAGGUACUGAUGGUUCACCUGGUCGAGAUGGUACCCCUGGUGGCAGAGGUGAGCGUGGGGAACCUGGGUCUUCUGGGCCACCUGGUCCACCUGGCCAUCCUGGAAAUCCAGGACAUAAUGGUGAACAAGGAAAGCCUGGAGAAAGAGGCAGCCCUGGUUCUGCAGGGCCACAAGGGCCUCCUGGUACUGCUGGUGUUCCUGGACGUCCUGGCCCCCAAGGUCUUCCUGGUACAAAAGGAGAAAAUGGUCAACCUGGCUUAAAUGGAAGAAAGGGUCAUCCUGGUCACAUGGGGGCAGCAGGCAUGCCUGGUUCGCCUGGUCCUCCUGGUGAACAAGGAGCAAAUGGAAACAGUGGACCAACUGGGCCAAGAGGUUCUCCUGGCUCAACUGGCUCACCUGGUAAAGACGGUGCUCAGGGUCCCAUAGGAUUUACUGGCCCACCAGGGCCAAGGGGCAAAGAUGGUCAGCCUGGUUCAGAUGGUCAUCCUGGUAAUCAAGGACUUCCCGGCCCACCUGGCCCACCUGGGCCAUGUUGUCAAGGUCCUGGACCAUUGCCACCACAACCAGAUAAAGGAGACUCUACAGGUUAUCAGUAUGGAUUUCAGUAUGAUGAUUCAAAUGGAGCUGCUCAUGCAAGUGAAAUUACAGCUACACUAAAAUCAAUAAACAGCCAGAUAGAAAACAUAAUAAGUCCAGAUGGCUCACAGAAGAAUCCAGCUCGUAACUGCCGUGAUCUGAAAUUCUGCCAUCCUGAAUUUAAGAGUGGGGAAUAUUGGGUUGAUCCUAAUCAAGGAUGUAAGAUGGAUGCCAUUAAAGUGUAUUGCAACAUGGAGACUGGGGAGACAUGUAUUAAUGCCACUGCAAAUAAGAUCCCACAUAAAAGUUGGACAACAGCUACCAAGAGUGCCACAAAGCAUACCUGGUUUGGAGAAGCUAUUGAAGGUGGAUUCCAGUUCUCGUACGGAAGUGCGGACCUUGAAGUAGAAGUUACAGAAGUCCAGCUUGCAUUCCUUCGACUUCUCUCUGCUCGUGCCUCACAGCGCAUCACUUAUCACUGCAAGAACAGCAUUGCCUACAUCGAUGCAGAGAAUGGCAAUGUAAAGAAGGCACUAAAACUGUUAACUUCAACAGAAGCUGAAAUUAAAGCCGAAGGCAACAGCAAGUUCACAUAUACUGUCCUUGAAGACAGCUGCACUAAACACACUGAUGAAUGGGGAAAGACUGUCCUUGAAUACAGAACACGGAAGGCUGUUCGGCUGCCUAUAAUAGAUAUUGCAGUUAUGGACUUUGGUGAACCAUCUCAGGAAUUUGGAAUUGACAUUGGUCCAGUCUGCUUUUUAUAAAUCCUUUCCGUUAUCCACUGGAACAGCUGAAAUGAAUGGAAAUAUGAACUGCUACAAAAUUCUUUAACUUUCCUUUAAAAUGACUUUAAGUACACAUAUCCUAAAUGUACCACAGUAAUUUAUUUCUAAAAUUCAUGACAAGUAACCAAGUGAUCACUUCAAUUCAUCAAUAUGGUUAAGGUAAAAUGGUUGAUCUGCACUUUCUUUUUUAAAAAAUCUCAAACAAUUGGUGCUAAAUCAUAAUGCAGACAUGUUUUAUUAUGCAUGUCUCAUUUAGUUGCAGUAACUUUGCAUCAGUACUGAAUAAUCAUUAUCAAACUUGACCUUGUUUUCUUACCAAGAUGGAGCUAAUUUAAAUAGCAAUAAGUUUCUUCACUAUUUCAACUACCUCAUCAUGGAGAGAAACCGGGAUAAGUUUGAUUGACCUAGAAAAUGUUUUUUUUUCUUCAUAAAGGCACAGUUCUAUUCAGAAAACAGACUCAAUUACACUGUCUUUUGAUUUAAUUAGCUUAAAGCAGCAUUUCCCUCUGACUUAAGUCAUUUUAUUCUUGCAGAGCAGCAUGGUAUUAAGUUCAGCUGGGUACUUCAACAUGAUAUGUGCAAACAUUUAAUGGUGCUAACACUUUCUACACAUCAAACAGAUAUCAGAAUCAUCAAUUUUUUAUACAAUGUGAGUUUUCAUGAUGACAAUAAAAUGACUUUUUAGAAACUA